AUGUGCACGAUUCAAUCACUUCGUACAACUUGGACAAGACCAUCAUCCCUUGGGGCGAUAAUUUUGCGACAACCCAAAUCACCAGUUCAUCCACGAUUUACAAGCCCAUUCUCCACAUCACGCUACCUCGCUAUGUUGACCACGGAGCUCUCCGAAGCCGACGUCUCGGCAUUGAGAGUCAACAAGGAGCGAUUGGCCAAAGAUCUCCAUCAUUCCUGCCAAUGGGGGUCGGGGAUACGAUGGGGAAAUGAUCCAACAGACACAGGCAUGCAGCGCCUUGCCCUGUCCGAAGAAGACAAAAGCGUUCGAGACUGGUUCAUCCAGACUAUGAAGGAUCUCAAAUGCGAGAUCACAGUGGAUGCAAUGGGCAAUAUAUUCGCCGUGCGUCGAGGUCGACGAAAGGAUGUCCCUGCUACAUUCAUUGGCAGUCACCUGGAUACACAGCCCACGGGAGGGCGGUACGAUGGCAUCCUAGGCGUGUUAUCUGGCGUAGAAACCUUGAAAAGAAUAGAUGAGCUGGGGUUAGAGACUGAGGGAGGAGUCGGAGUUGUAAACUGGACUAAUGAAGAAGGCGCCCGAUUCCCAGUGAGCAUGAUCGCAUCAGGAGUCUGGGCGGAAUGCAUCCCGUUAUCAAAAGCCCAUAACCUCAAGGAGGUACCAACCGUUGCAUCGCUCCCGACAGCUGCAUCUGCUCCGGAAACGAUGAAGUCUGCUUUGGAGAAGAUCAACUACCUAGGUGAUGUGCCAUGUUCUUACAGGACCACACCCAUGGCAGCACAUUUCGAAUUGCACAUCGAGCAGGGCCCGCACCUGAUCUCAGCUGGCCAACGAGUCGGCGUUGUCACCGCAGUCCAGGCCUAUCGCUGGUUCCGAUUGAAGAUCAUCGGACGAGACACUCAUACCGGCACGACGGCAUUUGAACAUCGUGCCGAUGCAUUAUACGCUUUUGCACAGAUGAUGGUGCGAGCACGAGAGGUAGCCGCCGGCAAAGGGUGUCUCGCCAGCGUGGGUAUUAUCGAAGUCGCACCAGGAAGUGUCAACACGGUCCCCGGGACAGUGAGCUUCAGCUUGGACAUUCGCGGCCCAGAGACAGCUCUAGUAGCGGAGGUUGAGAAGGAGCUGCGCAGCGAUUUCGACAAGAUUGCUGCGGCGGAAGGGGCUGGGAUCGGCAAGCCGUGUCGUGUUGAGUGGACGCUUGACUUUGAUUCUCCGGCUGUCAAGUUCCACGAUGAUUGUAUUGACUGUGUCGAGCAGUCGGCUCAUGCUGUUGUUGCAGAUGCUCCCGUUGCUGAUACUAAAUCGCUGGUUCGGCAUAUGAUGAGCGGUGCUGGUCAUGAUAGCGUGUUUACAUCGAAGAGGAUUCCCACUAGCAUGAUCUUUGUGCCGUGCAAAGAUGGACUCAGUCACCAUCCCGAGGAGUUCUCCUCUGCGGAUGAUUGUGCUACUGGUGCAUCGGUGAUUCUUCAAGCAGUGGUGCGAUAUGAUCAGAAGAGAUUUGCUUAG